AUGGCGACCUCAGCCCCAAAACGAGCCCUCCUUGCCGAUGAAACAGAGCCUCAUCACCUGGCUAAGCGAGUUAAAUCUGAGCCAGAGGACUCUGCAACUUAUAGCGAGCGGCCCGAGGACACCGUCAGUGAGGACGAAUAUUGGGACUCGGAUCCACCCACCUCCCCUGGAUACAAGAUUUAUAGUGCGAGCGAGGACAGCGACAACAGCGACUCUUCUUCCUCGGUAUGCGUUCAGCGAGGGAAGAGGGGCCCCUUGGAUCCUUCGGCCAAGAACGGCCGCCCGGUCAAACCCAAAGCCAAAAAGGCUAGGAAGAGGAGGGGAUCUGAUUCGGAUAAGUCAAUGUCUGAGCCAAGUGACCUCGACUACGAGAGCGAGGAAGAGUACUUUGUCCCGAGAGGAGAGCGUGAGGAUAUACUCAACAAUAGAUUGACCCGAGAAAGGGCAAAGCGCCUACUUGAUGCCGUGGAACUCCCUCAAGGCCACGACCUAUCACCAGACGAACAGCGGACUGCCCAUCAACUUCUUACCCGUGGCUGUAUGCCGACCAUCCACAGACACUGGGAGAAAGAUUUCUCCACUCUUCCAGAGUCGCUGUUCUUUUCUGGGGUAGAUGACAAAACCAAACUUAACAAAUUAAACUUCAUCCUUGGAAACGAUAAGUGUUCCGAAUUCUACGCGAUUCGUGCCUUUCAAGAGCUUUUGAAGAUAUGUGGCAAUGUGAGGGACUACUGCAAUAUCCUUGAUACCUGUCCUGAGAUCUAUAUCAAGAAAUCAAUAGAAAAAUACCUGCGCUGGGCAUUGAGUGAUGCUGGUGUCAGAGUCAAGCCGGACACCAGCGCAGUGCAUGUCAUAUAUUGCAAACGUGACGACGAAAUGUCAAAAGAAGCCUUUGACAAAGUUGCCACAACAUUACAGAAGCUAUCCAAUGCCUGGCAGAGUCAACUCGCUGCACCCCAAGAUAGCAAAAAAGUCUGGCCGGCAUUGAUUGGGCUCGUCGUCUGUGGACCUGUUCUUUCUGCCAUCUCUCUGGACACCAAUCCGAAUCCUCAAACCCUAACACAUGGACUCAAGUUCCUUGGUCAUUUCGAUCUUGCAGAUUUUGAUAAUGAUGUUUGGAACACCCUAGCUGUCGCGAUCCUCGUCAUGCACAUCAAAAGGACCGUGGCCAAACUCGCAAAGGCCUACGGUGACAAGUUUGUGACCUCGACCUUUGAUGACCUUGCCAUAGACUCCUUAGAUCCUGAUCGUUGA